GGACUCCAAGUGGCAAAGCCUCAGCGGUCUAUCAUCGUGGGGAGAGACUGGUCCUCAACGAUGGAGGAACAUAAAAGGCGCCUUCCGGUACCUUGCUAGGAACCAUCAGCCCUCUUCUUUUGACGCUUCCCAGAUAGAAGUAAAGCCCUCGAGCACCCAAACCCCCGAUCUAUCAUUCAAGAUGUUCCACAAGCUCAUAUUAGCAUUGCCCCUUCUUUCGCUCACCUUCCUCGCCCUGGCCAGCCCUCUGGAGGAACGCCAGAGUAUACCUGGGCUGAUUGAUAACUUGUUGACGGGCAUUCUCUCGGGUGUUUCACAGCUUAUCAAAAACGUGCUUGCUGGCACGACAUCGGGCAUCGACAACGCUAAAUCGAACAAGCCGCCCCUCUGCUCAUCAAUGAUCGACUCUUGCUGUGCAUGGUACGAUGUUUCAGCUGAGCUCACAAAACUGUUCUUGCAAGCAGACGGCGGGUGCAACGACAAUGCUCGUGCUGCCGUGCGAUUUGGCUUCCACGACGCCGGUGCCUGGGACAAGACUUCGCCCAAUGGCGGCGCUGAUGGAUCUCUCUUGAUGAACUUUGGCGAGAUAGACCGACCUGAGAACAACGGUUUACAGAGUAUUCGUGGAGUACUUCAAGGUGUACAACAGAAGUACAGAGUCGGAUACGCCGACCUUGUUCAGUACGCCCACAACCACGCAACUGUCACCUGUCCGAAGGGACCACGCAUCAGGACCUUCGUCGGCCGCAAGGAUGCAACAAAAGCUGCGCCUACUGGUCUGCUGCCAGAUGUACGUGACAGCGCAGACAACCUCAUCGCUCUCUUCGAACGCAAAGGGUUCUCCGCCCAUGAUCUCGCCGCACUCGUCGGUGCCCACGCAACAGCGAAGCAACGUUUCGUCGACGUAUCUCAGGCCGGAAAGCCGCUUGACACCACCCCCACUGUCUGGGACGUCGAAUUCUACAACGACACGCUGAACCAACCGACGAUGCCCAACGACAAGAUCUUUGUACUUCCCUCUGAUAAGGUGCUGAGCGUACAUCCUAAGGUCAACGGCGAGUGGAAGCAGUUCGUCGGCAACCAGCAACACUGGAACGAGGACUACUCAAAAGCGUACAUUAGGAUGAGCCUGACAGGUGUGACAAACCUGAAAGACUUGAGGGACUGCACAAAGACGCUGCCUGCAAGCAGGCCGAACUUUGUGGCGCCGAAGCUUCGAGUAUAAUGAUCGCGGGAAGUGGGGGUUUUGUGGGAGUUUUACUGGAGUUGUUUUAGGGGAGUUGUCUUGUAAGAGUUGUCUUGCGGGAGUUGUUGUAUGCUUCAAUACCCUUGUGAAAGCAGUUCUCGACACUAUGACGAACUUAUUCACUAAAUUUCACAUUGCACUUGGAAGUCUUCCUAAUGCGAAUUCUCAUAAUGGGCAGACAGAGAACACCGGCAAGCUUUAAUCACCACUUCAGUUGCAGCACAGCGCCCAGUUCAGGCAGAGGGAAAGUCGUGUUCCCACGAGGCCACGCGACACGACUGUGCACAUGGGAAACAACGCGCUUGUGGCAGCCCUGUGGUUGUGAUUGGGCGGUAGAUCACGUAGGGUAACACCAGCAAAAAUACUUCUCAUAUGCAACAGGUCCAGCACGAUCACGUAUC